AUGGACGAGUCGUCGCUUUUGGAUUUACUGGAAUGCUCCGUUUGUCUGGAACGGCUUGACACCACCGCCAAAGUACUGCCUUGCCAGCAUACCUUCUGCCGCCGUUGCCUCGAAAACAUCGUCAGCUCCCGCAACGAGUUACGCUGCCCGGAGUGUCGUAUCUUGGUGGACUGCGGCGUAGAUGAUUUGCCAGCUAACAUUCUCUUGGUUAGGUUACUGGACGGGAUUAAACAGCGGCCAAGGAACGGUGGAAGACCAUCAUUGACCGGGAUAUCGCUUGGUUGUGCGGCAGGGAUUUCAGCGUCACCUCCAGGAACGGCAGUCCGAGACUUGCCCAUUGCUACUCGCAGCUCCCCAGUCAAGAAUGUUCCGCAGCUACCGUGUGGUAAAGCCCUGUACAGCUACGAGGGUAAGGAACCCGGCGACCUUAAAUUCAACAAGGGUGACAUCAUCAUCCUGCGUCGGAAGGUGGACGAGAACUGGUACCACGGGGAGCUGAACGGGAGUCAUGGUUUUCUGCCGGCCAGUUACAUCCAGUGUAUCAAACCUCUAUCCCAGACCCCGCCCCAGGGCAAAGCCCUCUACGACUUCGAGGUCAAAGACAAGGACCAGGACAAAGACUGUCUGACUUUCACUAAGGACGAGAUUCUCACGGUGAUCAGACGGGUGGAUGACAACUGGGCCGAAGGCAUGCUCGGAGACAAAAUCGGGAUUUUCCCCAUUUUAUAUGUCGAGCUGAAUGAGACGGCCAAACAGCUAAUGGAACUUGAUAAACCCGCGGCAGCUGUUCCAGGCCCCAGUACGGAACCGGGCUCUCCAGCAGGUCCCUGUUCGGGGUCCGGUCCGGUACUGACCUGUAACGGCAACGGUAACGGGGGAGGUCCGGGCGGCGGGAUCCACCGGCGCGCCGACGGCAAACGGAACGCCAAGAAGCGUCACUCGUUCACGGCCCUGAGCAUGACCCAGCGUACGGCGCAGGCGCUAAACAACCGUCACUCGAUGGAGAUCAGCGCCCCCGUUCUCAUCAGCUCAUCUGACCCCCGCGCCGCCGCACGCAUCCCCGACUGCCCCCACCUCUCCUCCAGCGCCCCCUCACAGCAGGACUCGUCGUUUGUUGGGAUGGCCAACGCCGGAGUAGGGGCUCCACCCAGAGUGACAUCGACGACCGGAGAGCUAUUGGCCGCCGCCAAAGUCCAGCUGCCCCUCAACAUAUACCUGGCUCUGUACGCCUACAAGCCCCAGAAGGCGGACGAGCUGGAGCUACGGAAGGGAGAGAUGUACCGCGUGAUGGAGAAGUGUCAGGACGGCUGGUUUAAAGGAACGUCCCUGCGCAGCGGUGCUUCCGGAGUUUUCCCCGGGAACUACGUCACCCCCGUAUCCAGGGCUCCGUUUGCAGUGGGUCAAUCCCGUGCCUGUCUCCCCGGGGGCGCGCAGGCAGCCAAAGCCAUCCCAGGUUCCCCUGGUUCUGCCGGCCCCUCCAGCCCGGUCCUGCUGGGCUCCGCGUCCCGGUCCACCCCUCCCCUGGCCAGCCCGGCCUCGUCCUCUCCGCAGCUGCAGCCCGCAGCCGUGCACCUGAAGAACUGCCUGCGCAUGUCCGGUCAGCAGAGCGUGGGACAGGCCCGUACGGCCAUGCAGCUGGUCCACAGCCCUCCGGCGGGCAGUCCUGAGCGUCCAACGGCAGCCGUGUCCCCCCUGCGGGCGCAGCAGCAGCAGGGUUCUCCGUCUCGUUCCCCGGGUCCGUCGGGCAGGCCACUGUCCAUGGUCUCUCCCCAGCACUCUCACCAGACCAGCCCCCUGUCCCCGGCCGCCGCCCGCCCCCUCAUCCCCCUCACCUCCGCCGCCGCGGCCAUAACUCCGCCCAACGUCAGCGCCGCCCACUUAAACGGAGAGUCCUCUGGCCUAGGGGCUGUGUCGGGCCUGGCCGGCCCCUUGCAGCCCUCCUCCCCUUCGCACGGCCACGCCCAUGGCCACGCCCAGGGGGCGGUGGCCAGCCUCCCCAAAGCAGAGGAGAGGAAGGCAGAGAAGAAAGAGAAAAAGGGCGGCGGUCUUCUGAAGCUUCUCUCUGGGGCGGCGGCGAAGAAGAAGUCUCGUUCUCCUCCCUCCGUCUCUCCCACGCACGAGCCGCGGUCCCCGGCCGGACCCGAAACCUCCGUGCAGGGCGCCAUGGCCUCGGAGCUGCACUCAGCGACCAGUCACGGCCGCGCCGGCUCCUGCCCCAUCGAGAGCGAGAUGCAGGGGGCCAUGGGGAUGGAGCCACUCCACAGGAAGUCAGGAUCGUUGGAUCUAAAUUUCUCUGUGUGUCCACCCACCAGACAGGCAUGCUCCGGCCUGCUGGCCAUCCGUCCCGAGCCCAAACCCCUGUCCCGCGAGAGGUACCGUGUGGUGGUUCCGUACCCUCCCCAGAGCGAGGCGGAGAUAGAGCUUAAGGAGGGUGACAUUGUGUUUGUUCAUAAGAAGAGAGAAGACGGCUGGUAUAAAGGCACCCUCCAGAGGACAGGCCGCACUGGUCUCUUCCCCGGCAGCUUUGUGGAGAGCUUCUGA